CGUGAUGCCCCAUCUUUAAUCCUCUCCCCUCUUCAAACACGGACUUCUCCCCUUGAUUGACAAGGACAUUGCUGUCUGAAAACUACCACUAACAUCCCUGACCUCUCGACACGCUGGCGGACACAUUGAAAAGCAUUGCCUCGAGCAUAUUGUCUGUCCUUCCCCAGCUCCCUUCCACCAUGUCUAGCGAUGCGGAACAGCAGCACUUUGAGGAAGAGGUGAAAGAGCUGAAGCAGUGGUGGAAUGAUUCCAGAUGGCGCUACACCCGCAGACCAUAUACUGCCGAGUCGAUCGUCUCGAAGCGUGGAAGCAUCAAGAUUGAAUACCCAAGUAAUCAGAUAUCGAAAAAGCUAUGGCGUAUUGUGGAGCAAAGAUUCCAGAACAAAGAUGCUUCCUUCACAUUCGGCUGUCUUGAUCCAGUCAUGGUCACGCAGAUGGCCAAGUACUUGGACACUGUCUACGUUUCCGGCUGGCAAUCAUCGAGCACUGCAUCCAGCUCCAACGAGCCAGGUCCAGAUCUUGCCGAUUACCCGUACACAACUGUUCCAAACAAGGUCGAGCAUCUGUUCAUGGCCCAACUUUUCCACGAUCGCAAGCAGCGCGAAGAACGCCUCAGCACCCCAGCUAGUGAACGAUCGAAGCUCACCAACACUGACUUUUUGCGUCCAAUCAUCGCUGAUGCCGAUACGGGACACGGUGGUCUGACUGCAGUCAUGAAACUGACCAAACUGUUCGUGGAGAAGGGUGCUGCUGGCAUUCAUAUCGAGGAUCAAAUGCCAGGGACCAAGAAGUGUGGACACAUGGCUGGAAAGGUGCUUGUUCCUGUAAAUGAGCACAUCAACAGACUGGUCGCCAUCCGCGCUCAGGCCGACAUCAUGGGCGUCGACCUCCUCGCCGUGGCCAGAACUGACUCCGAAGCCGCAACUCUGAUCACCAGCACCAUCGACUCUCGGGAUCAUGCCUACAUUCUCGGAGCCACAAACCCAGCUCUCCAACCACUAAACGACCUCAUGGUUGCCGCCGAGCAAGCGGGAAAAUUCGGUCCAGAACUGCAAGCUGUCGAAGACGCAUGGAAUGCUCAAGCUGGUCUCAAACUCUUCCACCAAGCCGUCGCCGACACCAUCAACGCAGGCGUUCACGUCAACAAGCAAGGUCUCAUCGACGAAUUCAACAAGCAAGCAAAAGGCAAAAGCAAUUCCGAAGCUCGCGCCAUCGCCAAGGGCCUCACUGGCGUAGACGUCCACUUCGACUGGGAUUCUCCACGCACACGCGAAGGCUACUACCGCUACCAAGGCGGCACUCAAUGCGCCGUGAUGCGUGCAUGCGCUUAUGCUCCAUACGCCGACAUGAUCUGGAUGGAAAGUAAACUCCCCGACUACGCUCAAGCCAAAGAAUUCGCCGAUGGUGUCCACGCCGUCUGGCCCGAACAAAAACUAGCCUACAACCUCUCCCCCUCCUUCAACUGGAAAACCGCCAUGUCGGCUUCCGACCAAGAAACCUACAUCACCCGCCUCGGCGCACUGGGGUACUGCUGGCAAUUCAUCACGUUGGCAGGCCUCCACUCCACCGCGCUCAUCUCCGAUCGCUUCUCCAAAAAUUUCGCAUCGAGAGGCAUGCGCGCCUACGGAGAAAUCGUGCAAGAGCCGGAAAUCGAGGAAGGAGUGGAGGUGGUCAAACAUCAGAAGUGGAGUGGGGCGAAUUAUGUCGAUGGGUUGUUGCAGAUGGUGCAAGGGGGGAUAGCGAGUACGAGUGCGAUGGGGAAGGGGGUGACGGAGGAGCAGUUUAAGUAAGAGGAGAGUAGAGAUUUCUACGGAGAGAAAAUGUAUAUAGGUGUGUCUGUGUGUGUGUAGUGCUAGAAGAAAAAAAUUUUUGGUAUGGGGGUGUAUACGAAUAACUUAGUAGGAGGACAUAACUUCUUCUUCUUCUUCUACUCU